GCUACUCCCAUGGUAAGCUAAUGAGCAGAAGUUCCAAUCUAAUACUGCUUUUGAGAAAUGUCCUCAUGACCUGGUGUUCAACCAAGAACGGGGAUACUGCGACCAUCGGGAAUCCUGCAACGAGCAGCAUGCGAAGCCUUCAGAUUUAAAGUCGACGUCAGGCUCUGCUUCCUUCGAAAGAUCUGAAUCAAAACACAGUUCUCAUUCAGAGGCGACUCAGAAAGCAGACUCAGUCUCGACUAUAGACUGCGCAGGAAGGAGAGAUGGCUAUUAUUCGGAAGGCUGCACUCCGGAAUUUACUUUUUGCAACGACGGAAUCGCAACACCCUUGAGAUGUCCAUCUUCACUGGUGUUCAACAUGAAUAAACUGCGCUGUGACUAUGUCGAGAGUUGUGCGGCUGAAGCUGCAGGCAUGACUACCACUGCACCAGUUCGAGUUCCUGUAGGAGUAACGGCCGUUUCUUGCGAUGGAAAAGAGAAAGGUUACUACUCAAAUGGUUGCACGCCUAAUUACGUGUUUUGCAACGAAGGGAUCGCAACGGCUAUGAGAUGCCCGUCAUCACUCGUAUUCAACCAGAAGAAAGGUUUAUGUGACUAUCCAGAGGAGUGUUUAGGAGAGAUUAGUGUCCCUACCGCUGAGGCAUUGACACAGCCUCAACAACAUUCCACAUCACCUCAAUCGCAGACGGUUGUCAGGUAA